UAUGGGCUGGUGCAAAGAUCCCUGGGAGCGCCAGGUUUAUUACACUGAAACACCCAAGAUGGCAACCAUUCAGAUAAUCUAAAAGGUGAAAAAUAAGCCUCUUUUCUCUGAUUCUAAGGCAUUUUUGAACACCAUACCAACAUGUCUAGCGAAGCAGAUACGUCUCGUGCUAAAAGUGAAUUCAUAGUAGGCCAGAAAUACCGUCUUGUGAGGAAAAUCGGCAGUGGAAGUUUUGGCGACAUUUAUUUGGCGAUCAACAUACACAGUGGAGAAGAGGUUGCUGUGAAGUUAGAAUCGCUGAAAGCUCGCCACCCACAACUACUUUAUGAAAGUAAGCUUUACAAAAUACUGCAGGGAGGAGUUGGAAUACCUCAUAUCCGAUGGUUUGGUGAUGAAAAGGAUUACAAUGUCCUGGUCAUGGAUCUCCUUGGGCCGAGUUUGGAAGAUCUGUUCAACUUCUGCUCCAGGCGGUUCACCAUGAAAACGGUUCUUAUGCUUGCUGACCAAAUGAUCGGACGCAUUGAAUACACCCACAACAAAAAUUUCAUACACAGAGACAUUAAGCCUGAUAACUUCCUGAUGGGCAUUGGUCGACAUUGUAACAAAGUCUUUCUUAUUGAUUUUGGGUUAGCAAAGAAAUUCCGAGACUCAAGAACCAAACAACACAUACCAUACAGAGAAGACAAAAAUCUUACUGGCACAGCUCGAUAUGCCAGCAUCAAUGCUCAUCUGGGUAUUGAACAGAGCAGACGAGAUGACAUGGAGUCCCUUGGUUACGUGUUGAUGUAUUUCAUCGGGGGAUGCCUCCCUUGGCAAGGAUUAAAGGCCAAUACAAAGAAACAGAAAUAUGAGAAAAUCAGCGAAAAGAAGAUGUCAACUCCUGUUGAAGUGCUGUGUAAAGGCUUCCCUGCAGAGUUUGCAAUGUAUUUAAAUUACUGCAGGGGUCUGAGAUUUGAAGAGGCACCCGAUUAUAUGUAUCUGCGACAGCUGUUCCGCAUCUUGUUCCGCACCCUCAACUAUCAGUAUGAUUACACAUUUGACUGGACAAUGCUAAAGCAGAAAGCAGCUCAAGUUGCCCAGCAUACCACUACAGCUGCCGGUCAACAAAGAGAACGUCCAUAAAAUGCAUCCUCAUUUGUGAGAACUCAGUACAUGACCAAAUGUACGACAAACAGAUUUCGCUUCUUGUAAGCAUUGUUUGGGUUACAAGCUACCUUCUUCCCCAGAAAUGCAUGAGGGUCCCAACUCUUUGAACAUGAAUGGUAAAGUGGAGUCCUUUAUUGAAAUGUGACCAGAAUGCAAAGUGAAAGAAGAUUCCUACAAUGUGUAGUGAUGUAGACUUUCUGUUUCUGUGGACUGACAGUACAAUCCAGCAAUUUAAGACCAGAAAUUCUUGAUUAUUUAGUCAUUCUGCAUAUUGCUACUGUACUGUUUUAAAUAUAUUUAUUCCAGGAAUUUAUCAUUUUAUCAGGCCUUCAAAGGACACUUUCUGGAUUUGUAUAAAUGUAAUUGAUGAGAUGAGUAAAAAGAUAAUCUGAAUUUUCCCAGUAUUUAUAAUAAUAGUUGAAAGAUGUAGAUUUAAUCUUUAGACCUGACAAGUGUCAUAUAUUUUUAAGCUGAGCCUUUCAGAACCUUCAUGCUGAAAGUGGUGUCCAUUUUUAUGAAGAUAAAAAACAGAUCCCUAUAUCAUAUGUCAACCCAAAUCAUGAAUUGUCACAAAUAAGCUAAUGUAAUUGAGUGAAAAAUUCAAGUAACUUGUUUGUCAUCAAUCCUAUUAUAUAUUUUUUCGAAACACAUUUGCACAGGAUUAUUCCUUGCAGCUCAAAGCAUGAUAGAACAAUGCUAAGCUUAUGAUAUAUGUUUCUCAGUAGUACAUUUAAAUUUUAAGUCUGAAUGGGAUGUUAAAAUUGAUGAUCCAUGCGAAUUCGGCAAUUAUAAUACUGCUUCAUCUCCAUUUUACUGUGAAGAACGACAAGCUUAGUAAGUGCAUGAUAUUAACAUUAUCCAGUUUAAAAGAUGACCUUUUAUCUCCCACACCCAGUUAAAAGAAAGUCAUGUCUAUCAUCUACAGAAGAGGGAGGAAUAAAAGAACUCAUGUUUUCAUUUAAUAUCUAGUUUGCUAGUAUUGUAAACCUAAAUAUUUUAUAUGAAUACAAGUAAUUGAUAGACGAAUAUUCAGAUUUAUGGAACUCAGAAGCUAUAUUACUUCUAAGUCUGUAAGUGUUAGGGUGCACAAGCAAUAGUAUGUUGUGCUGAUCAAUUUUGGUAUUACCAGAUAUUACGACCAAUGUUUUCAAACUUAAAAUAUGGAUGUCCUGCAUUGUACAUGGCAGAAGCCUCCCUCAUACAUUGUGAUGUAAAUUGUAUGGUCCCAGCUUGACGUGCUGGAUUCUGAUUGAGCCUUGAACAUAGUUAACCCUUUGUAUGUGCUGUUGUAUGGACUUGAAUGACAUCAGGUUCGUGUGAGAUAAAUCUUGCAUGUUAAGGGUUAAACUGUGUGUGAGUUGAAGGCAGAGCAAAUUGUGAUCAAUUGUUAUCUUAUCGUAUGUCAGGGAUUUCUUUGGUAUUGUCAAAAAUCUUCUUAAUUUAGUUUUUGAGUUUGGCUUAAUCUUUAGGUUUUAAAGUUUAAAUUCAUUUUGAUUAUACAUACAUUUUUAACAUGUAUUUACAUGCCAAGUGAUUGUAGAUUUGAUAUUGAUACUAGUGUGAAAUACUUACAUAUUUACUCAAAGGUAAUGUAGAAUCUGUAUACUUGUAUAUAAAUAUAUAUAUAAUGAAGGUAAAUAGUUAACAGUAUGUUAAUGUGUAACUUGUUGGAGUCUAAAGAAAAAGACUAGAAAUAUUUAUUGUGGUUCACUGUCUUGUAACUGUGGUCACUGGAAAAGACCUGUCACUAUGUUCUGUACUCUUCCCUCACUCUUUCAUUUCGACAAUUCCCGUUAUGUUGACAUCUUCUAUGGGAUGCCAUUCAUGGCUGAUGCUCUUAAAUGGCAGUAACGUAAAGAGUGACAUGCACUUUGUGUGGAUAUUGGUCUUUGUCUCAGAUGCCAUUUAUACACAUAUCGUGUUUGAAAUUAAACUGUCAAGGGGUCCUUGUGAUAACACAAAAGUCCGAAGGUAUAGUUUUGGGGUUACCAACGAUUCAAAUAUUAUGCCAAUACCCAAUGGACCCCAGUACAUCCCUUCAUUUCAAACACUGUAUACACAUACACAAUUAUAAGCUUGAAUGAAUUCUCUGAAAAUUGUGUUAGAAAUAUGUAGCCAUUGACGGUACAUGAAAUCAUUUCUUACCUCUACAUACCUUGUACUAUUUUCUUCUGUUGCUAUCUCGUUUCCAUUGUGAUAGAUGGACCUGUUUUCUUUCUGCAGUUAAUAUUGUCUUCUGUAGAUAUGUACCGGUAACUUAAACUGUAAAUCACAGUGAAAGUGUCAACACUUGUCUGUCAUGAUGAGAGAAAUAUUUUGUCUGACUUCUUUUCCGUUAGUACUACAUUCAGUUGAAACGGUUACAAAUAUUGUGAUUUGCUUGAUGUUUGUUAUACUAAAUAUUGUUUCCAGUUGUCAUAUACACAUCGUUUCAGUUGAAGACUGUAUGUAUGAAGUUUUGAUAGCGUCUGAAAUAUCUUCAUUCAUACCUUGUGAUGCUGUUAUGACUUCGUGUAGUCGAUACUGUUGCCAUAUGUCUGAUUAAUGUUGUAAGGCCCCGAGUUGAUGCUACGUGCUGCCAGAAUUACCUGUCUGCCUGCCUUCUUCAUGCCAUUCAUGCAAGCAGUGAUACUAUGGAAAUCAAAAUGCCUGAAUUCAAGCGUCCCCUGUCGAACUUACACAAAGUGCUUACUGUACACAGGGGAAUUACGUCAACACAUGAAAUAUCUGCACUUGUAUGAACUGUAUGAUACAUUGACACAUUUUGUGUACACUCUUGUGUAGUGGAUCCUCAACAUCUGUGCUAAUUAUAUGCCAAAUAAGUGUGCUGUUUUUUUAUCAUGGCCAAACCAUUAAAUGUACUGUACGUGUAGUGUCCAUAUGUGUUGAUUUCCAGGUGAAAAGUGUUAUGGCUCUACUGAAUGAGUGAUGCCCCAACUAUUACCUGGGGUAGUUAUAUUUUCAUGAUGUCCUGAGAGUUAUGACUAUUUGUAUGUGUACAAGAUCCAAUUUUAAAUUAUCUGCCUCUGUGAACUCUAUCCCUUGCGUGGAGAUACUGGCUUCCACACUGUCAUGUGAGUAGUCUGUAUAUUAAUGUCAGGUUUGUACAUAUGUUGUCCUGGGUACUGGCAGUGUAGACAUGAUUUUAGUUGUUUAUUAAAAAUCAUACAACACUU